GAAUAGCAUGUUGUUGUAAAUAUUCACUGUAAAAAUUGUAGCACUUGUUUAUACUUAAUGUGUUAUUUCAGGUUCUCUGCUUUCAGAAAUACUGUUAAAAAUUAGCACAAUAUGUUUAAAAAGGGUAAAAAUGAUAUAACAUGAACAUAUAAAUGUAAAUUCAAUAAGCUUGCUUAUUAAAGUGAUGAUGGUUAUGUGCAGGCCCAGAGAGAAUUUACUGACUUGAGAUUUAUUUGAGAUUUCAGUGGAGAUCUGUAUGGACCUGGUGAUGGUGAAUAAGGAGUUGAAAGGGUUGGGCUGUAAUGGAAUACAUGUAACAGCGUUACAUAUUCAGAAGUAACUGUAUUCAGCCCCUGUUACGUUUUCAAGCACCUGUAUUCAGAAUACAGUUACUUAAUAAAAUGUUGUUAGAAUACUUUUAGAAUACUUCGCUUAUAUUGAACACAAAUAAGGAGAUGUGAAAGAAAAUGAUGGUCAGUCAAGUAAGAAACAGUUUUUCUAAUCAGUGCACAAGCACACAAGCACACUCGCUCUCUCUUCUUUUAGAGCAGCAGCAGGGCGUGUGAUGUGUUGCCAGGUUUGCGAUAAAUCGGGCUAAUUUGUGAACAGUUGUAGGUUAAAAUCAUUGUGGGUUGUGUUUUUGGGAUACUUUAUAAAUCUGAGAAAGCACUGCAAAGACUGAAAGACGGAAAAAGGACUUGAAGUAGAUCAGAGAUGUUCCAAACGACGACAGAAAAACCUUGUGUAAAUAAGUUCUGUAAAAUGUGUGGUUUAUACUUGAGGCUAGUUCAGUGUGACACAUAGUGUAACAUACAAGCCUUUUAAUAUAUCUCACUUUUUUAAAAAACAUCAUACGAAGUGAUUCAAAAAACUAUAUAACAACAAUAUGUGACCCCCAGGGAACUGCCCAAAAGUGGAGAUGUAGCAGUUCAGAUAAGAUAAUAAUGACAUAUCACAUGUAAUUCUUCCAAUUGUGUCUUGCCUUUAUAAAUAUGUGUUCUAAAAGUAUUCUUGUCACUUUUUAUGUGAUGGAUUCAGAAUACUUUACUGAAAACAUUUAAAAAAAGAGUAUUUAGUAUUCAGCCCAGAAUACUUUCGUAAAGUAAUCCGCCCAACCUGGGAGUUGGAAAUAGCGUGAACAGUGUGGUCAAAGCAAACUUGUUUUAGACUUCCUCUAGUUGAUGUGGGUAAACUUUUUCCUCUGCUCGCAAAAACAGUAGUAGAGUUCAUUAGUCAAGUGUUUUAAUCAAGGGAACAGCAUGAAGAUUAUUCAGCUUCAACUAUAUCUAUUUAUAUGCUGUCAAGCUGAAACAGAUCAUCUAACAGAUGUGGGACAAAAUGUGACAAUAAACUGUGAUUUUGAUGGAGAGAUUUAUUGGUUAUUACAGAAGUAUCCAGAUCCUCCAGUGAUGAUAUUACGCACUUUGUCAAAUACCUUUUUAUUGAAGCUUAAAACAUUCAGACACAAAUAUUCAGUGCAGUCUCACCGUCAUCUGUUUAUAAAUAAUGUCACCACUGAUGACUUAGGAGUUUAUUACUGUAUGAAGACAGAUACAGUACCUCCAGAAUUCAGCAAAGGCACCAGACUCAGAUUCAUUGAGAGCACAUUAGUGUCGUGUACUGAGCAGAAUCAGACAGAAGUGAAAUGCAUUCAUCAGAAUCAGACAUGGCAGACUCUUAUCCUCAUAUUUGCUCUGUUAACUGGUGUUCUGAUCAUUGUGGUCAUAGUUUUUGUUGUUGGAAAUAAAAGAUCUGGAGAGCAAUCACAUCUUCAGGAUACUAAUCAUCUACAUCUACAACAGACACAAGUUAUAGAUUACAGGCAAUUACAGUAUACUGAGGUGUACUUUUCUCAGAUGCAUAAAAAAUAUUGAUCCUGUCAAGUCCACAGCACCUAUACUGCUCUACAGCUGCCCAAAUAAUGUACACAAGAGUACAAAUGACCUGAUGACCUCUCUUUUUUAUGAAAAUAAUUUUGAUAUUCCACAAUGUCAUACUGGAUAUCUUGGCUCUUUUUGUUGUUGUUUUUAAACAACAAUCUUUUAAUCUUAGUGAGUCACGUUUUUGAUCAUUUAUUAAUUUAUAAGAUCAAUUAAUCAGAAUUGAUCAAAAACAUCAGCUAAAUGUCUAAAUGGCUUUUGUCUCAUGAUCUUUGUACUGUAUAACUUUUGAACUCUUAAACAAGCAGUUGUAUGAUGACAAUGCUCUUAAUGUCCAUGUUUUUAUGGAUGUAUAAAGUUCUUAGAUGCUUUACAUUCAAUAUUCUUCAUAUGGUAUAUGUAUGUAUUUUAAACGAUUAGUUCACCCAAAAAUAAAAAUUCAGUCAUUGUUUACUCACCCCUGUGUUGUUAUAACCUCAUAUGCAAGAACUCUAAAGCUCGCUUGCAGACUCAUGAACACGUACAGGAGAAUAACGGUCAGUAAACAUUUUUACUACAUAAUACAUUAGAUUUCAGCUUGUUUCUCACCAAAUCUAAUCUUAUUUCUUCAGAUCAAGACAUGAGUCACAUACAAUAAUUUAUUAGACUUCUGAAUUAUACUUUUGUGUCCUUUUGAAGCUUGAAGAUGUGGUCACCAUAAAUUGCAAAAAAUGUUUGUUUUUUUUUUGUUUUUUUUUUCACAAUUUCUCCCUUUGUGCUGCAUUGCAUGCUGGCUGAUGAGUUUGUAAAUGUUUUUUACAUACAUUGUGGGGACAAAAAUGCCAUCACAAUGUCAUAAAUCCUGACAUUUGUUAAAUUGUGAGGACUCUCCAACUGUCCCUGUAAUUCAUAUUGCUUAGAAAAGUUAAUUUAAAUAAAAAUGUAAAAAUACAUGAGGUGGGUUAAGUUUACCAUGUUGAAAAGUCCAGCAAUGCUGGUCAACAGUUUUUGUGUGUUGUGUAUUGGGUGCUGGUUCCCCCUUAUUUCUAGAGCAAGUCAAGUGUGUGGGACAUAACAUAUUGAUCCUCUACUGCAAAUCAUACUGCUUUAUGAUUUUUGGUCUUACCCUUCUUUAUUACUAAAAAAUUAACAAAAUGUUUCACAUAAGAAAGAAAGAAAGAAGUUUAACUUAAACUCAACCAGAAAGUGUUCCAUUGGUUUGGUCACUCGGCAGCUAAUGAGUUUUACUUUUGUCUAGACUGGAGGUUUAACCUUAAACCAAUUGCAGAGUUUAUCUCAUGCCUUUAUACAUGUAUGUAUCUCGGUUCUCACCAUUUCCCUAACCACAAAUAGAAAGUGGCAUUGCAGUUUGUCUGCUCUACAAUGAUACUCUUUGUUUGUGGUCUUUUUCUCUUUUGUUUAGAUCUAAAUGAGGGGUCGGCAACCACAGGCAUGUGUGCCACCAUUAGCACGUGGAUGGGUAAUCAUUGGCAAACGAGCAAUAAUGAGAGCGAGCAAAACUAUAAAAGCCAACAAACAGUCUGUCUUCUAGUCUGAUUAUGUCAACAGUUAAAAGAGCACCCCAAAUGGUCAACAUCAGAAGUCC